GCAAUACUAAUUGUGCUUCACUCUGUUUCCCAUUGAUCAAGUCGUACAGCACUGAACCUACGUAUACAAAACAGUGUUAUUACCCAACCGAUACAACACCUUACAGUCUGUUAUAUAUACCUUCACCAUCCAAACCAUGGUCCCCCAACCAGACAACCCCGAACCAGCCCACCACGACAUCGACUCGAUGCUCUCCCGCAAAUUCGGCAAAGAAGUCGCCAACUACUUCUCCGGCUCGCCCCUCAACCGCGUGGGAUUUCUCCGCGCCGACCACCAAUUCCUCUCCCAAGCCCUCAAACACCCUUCGACCGCAUUCCUCCUCUGCAACGAGCUCCAACCUCUCGUCCAAUCCGGAACCGCACCCGGCAAGGGUCGUCUCCAAUAUGUCAAAUACGAAGACGUCCAACCCGUCAUCGGCUCCGAUCCCUUUGCCCAAUCUGAAAAAGAGAUGCUAGACGCCUACCGCAGCGAUCAAUACAUUCCACAAAUGAUCUUUCUCGGGCUCGACGAAAAAGUCCCCGAAGGAGAAGGCUUAGCAUAUCAAGCAAAGAAUCUCUACAAAGGAGCUCCCUAUUUCGCCGUGGACGUCACACCGCGUCCACAAGCAGAUGCGAGGAUUUCAGAAGCCUGCAAAACUCUCAUUACACGGCUCCAGAAAGAACAAGGCUUCGAGUUUGGGAAAGGUCGAAUUAUGGAUAUUGAGCCCUCGGAUGCAGCGAUUUAUGCCGAAGCUCGCCAACUGCUCGAUUGGAAUCAACGGAAUCCCUUUUGCGCAGCAUGUGGCCACAAGACAUUUUCCGUGCACGCAGGUUUCAAACGGACCUGUCCGCCCACGGAUCGCGCCGCAGAUGCGAGUGCAGUGGAACGACCGGCGUGUGUGACACGCCAUGGAGUGUCGAAUCUGUGUUUUCCCCGGACGGACCCGACGGUGAUUAUGGCGGUGAUCAACCACGCGGGAGAUAAAAUUCUGCUGGGGAGACAGAAGCGUUGGCCACCAUAUUGGUAUUCGACUCUAGCAGGGUUCGCCGAGCCGGCAGAAUCGAUUGAAGAGGCGGUGCGAAGGGAAGUGUAUGAAGAGGCGGGGGUGAUAGUGGGUAGGGUGAUUAUUCAUUCCACACAGCCGUGGCCGUAUCCUGCGAAUUUGAUGAUUGGAGCGAUUGGACAGGCGGUGGCGGGCGAUGGGGAGAAGAUUGAUUUGGGGAAUGAUCCUGAACUGGAUGAUGCCAAGUGGUUUUCCUUUGACGAGGUCAGGCAUAGUCUCAGGGUGGGAACGAGUGGGUUGGGAGAGGAUGCGGGACCAGAGUACAAGGAGGGCGAUUUGAGACUUCCUCCUUCGACGGCUAUUGCGAAUCAGCUCAUGACUGCUGUGGCCAAUGGCUUCGCGUCGGGAGACUCGAAGAUGUAGCUCUCGUCUCCUCAGCGGAGCCUGUGAGAGCCGGUCAGAGGAGAGGGUGUUGCCUUUCUGCAGAGGCAGAGAGAAGGAUGCCCAGAUCAGUCGUGAAAGAAGAACUUGAAAGAGCCACGUGAUGGACUUCAUUUAGACCAUGUACAGAUU